CCAUUAGGAUUGAUUAAAAUAAUCAAAUUCAUAAAAGACAAUAGGAUAAAGUUCUGAAUUACAUAGCUACAUGAAACAUAAAUCGAAAUCACAACCGCUCAAUCCUGUGAUAUAAAUGCAAAGAACAGUCACGCACACAAGAACGUCAUAAAGCAAAACACGAACCUUCCCACAACCGAGAGACGGAAAAACAGAACAGAACAAUUGUAACAACCAUAGAACAUCAGGACAUAUGGCCUCAGCAGCCGGUCCAUAAAUCACUAGGGGUAGUGGUAAUAAGCCUCAACCACGGAGUAACUAAGGAAAGCCUAAGUUUGGAUUCCUAUGUGGUACCGUGGUAAUACCUCGACAAAAAGAAGAAGAAGAAGAAAAAAAGUAAACUGCGGGCUGGUUCGGGUUUAUUUUUCGGUAGAAAUUUCACAGAAAAAUGGAUUCCGAAGACGCAGCACAAACAAUUUUCGAUUCGGCGUCCUCACUGGUGGAAGGCUGCCGGUUACCGGUGAAAAUGAGCGGGACUAACGAUUGGCCACUGGCGGAAAUCAUCAGCAUUCGGGAGGGAUCGGACCGGAAAUGCUAUUACUACGUACAUUAUGUAGAUUUUAACAAACGACUAGACGAAUGGGUAACGGAAGAGUUUCUCGAUAUGCGCAAGGUUCAGUUCCCCCGCAAGGACGGGCUAACGACGGGCCAAAACACCGGCGUGACGACACCGAAAAAAUUACCACCCGCGCUUACCUGCUCCCGUCCCGCCAGUCCCAUCCAGGUGCCCGCGGAAAUCACGGUAAAUGGUGGUGCCGUGCUGGAGGCGGCACUGCAGAAAAAGAUUAGCCGCAAGCGUAAAGCAACCUCCACCGAGAACGAAGACUCCGAAGACGUCCCAUCGACACCGACCCCGCGCCAAUCGGGCAGCAUGGUCGCACACCACGACGAUGUGGUGACGCGCAUGAAAAAUGUGCAGCUGAUCGAGCUCGGCCAGCAUCGAAUCAAGCCGUGGUACUUUUCGCCCUACCCGCAGGAAAUGUGUACCAUGUCGUGCAUCUACAUCUGCGAGUUUUGUCUCAAGUACCGCAAGAGCCGCAAGUGUCUCGAGCGACACACGAAAAAGUGCAACCUGCGCCAUCCACCCGGGAACGAGAUCUAUCGCAAAAGCACGAUCAGCUUCUUCGAGAUCGAUGGGAGGAAAAACAAAAGCUACGCUCAAAAUCUCUGCCUGCUCGCGAAACUGUUUCUCGACCACAAAACGCUCUACUACGACACGGAUCCGUUCUUGUUUUACGUGAUGACGGAGUACGAUACGCGCGGGUUCCACAUCGUCGGGUACUUCUCGAAGGAGAAGGAAAGCACGGAAGAUUACAAUGUGGCGUGCAUACUAACUAUUCCACCGUACCAACGAAAGGGCUACGGAAAGCUACUAAUAGAAUUUAGUUAUGAAUUGUCGAAAUUCGAAGGGAAAACGGGUUCACCGGAGAAGCCAUUGUCCGAUUUAGGUUUACUAUCGUACCGCAGCUAUUGGGCGCAAACGAUACUAGAAAUAUUAAUCCUCCAGAAGCCAACCGGAGACAACGAAAAACCACAAAUAACGAUAAGUGAAAUAUGUGAAAUGACCAGUAUAAAGAAGGAGGACGUCAUCUCGACGCUACAGAUACUGAAUCUAAUCAACUACUAUAAGGGACAGUACAUCAUCUGCAUCAACAAGGAGACGAUCGAGCAGCACAAAAAGGCGAUGGAAAAGCGCAAGAUACGGAUCGACUCCAAGUGUCUGCACUGGAACCCGAAGGACUGGUCGAAGCGAUCGAAAUGGUAAAACGGUCGAUCCCCAAAAACCAAACCGAAUCAAAGGAGCCACAGACUGUCGUAGCGGUUGUCAAGACGAUUUUGUAUUCUCUCUACUACUACGCGCUCGGGCAGAGGUUGUUUGACACUCCUGAUGAUCUCCUUUCUUGCAUAUGUAUAUGUAUGUAUGUAUGGAUGUGUAUGUGUGUGUGUGCGUGUCGACCUAGGUGAAUAAGCUACUUGGAUUAGAGAAAAUGCAGAAGAGGAAGGAGAGCAAAACAAACGCCGGACGCAAGGAGGAGUGGCCAUAAAGUGUAGAUUCGAGGAGAGCGCGCGCGAUAGAGAGAGAGAGAGAGAAAGAGAGCUAUGGUACAAGAAAACUCCGAUAUGCUGAAGAAUGAAGAAGAAGAGACAAAAAUGGUAAGCAAAA